UGAAACAUACAUGAAACAUACGUUCACUGACGUUCACUUCCAUUUUUCUACUAUCAAUUUAUCGUGAUUUUAUCUUUAUCGUUCAAUGAUCUUUGUUACUUAAUCGAUCUUAAAUACCUAUAAAAUGUGUUUCUAAUCAGUGCUGAUUGCAGUAUGAAAAUUUUGCAUAGAGACUCCCUAACCGUGCUCCGAAAGUGAAGAAUAUUAUAAGUAUUUAAAUAUGGCAUGGACGCAUUAUCAACGUAUUUUAGCUGUCCUUCUGGUCGUUACUGGAUCAUUCAAUACUUUGUCUGUGAAAUACGCGGAUCAACAAGUUGUAGAAGGUGAAGAUGGACAGCCUAGACACUUCAAUCACCCAUUCAUGCAAUCUUCUUUCAUGUUUGUGGGAGAGAUGAUGUGUUUUUUGGUAUUUAAAAUUAUAUAUGCUUAUUAUAGUCGCAGAGGUGAUAGUUCUGUGGAUAGCAAUCCUAUAACGAAAGGUUCACAUACUUUUAAUCCCUUUGUUCUGCUCAUUCCUGCAUUAUGCGACACAUGUGCAACUUCUAUUAUGUAUGUUGGCUUGAAUUUGACAUACGCGAGUAGCUUUCAAAUGUUACGUGGUGCCAUCAUUGUAUUCACAGCUAUACUUUCGAUGGCUUUUCUUAACAGAAAACUUGGUAGCAGAGAAUGGAUAGGUAUUGGUAUGGUUAUAAUUGGUUUAGUUAUUGUUGGACUUAGUGACAUAUUAAGUCUAGAAAAUUCUGAUAUGAGUACAAACUCUAUUUUAACCGGAGAUUUACUUAUCAUAUGCGCACAGGUCGUAAGUGCUGUUCAAAUGGUUGUAGAAGAAAAGUUUGUAACUGGCCAGAACAUACCAGCGUUACAAGCAGUCGGUUGGGAAGGCAUUUUUGGAUUUAUCACCAUAUGUAUCGUAAUAAUUCCUCUGAACUUUAUACCCGCUCCGCCUCCGUUUGCUGACAAUUCUCGAGGAACGCUUGAGGCCACUAAAGAUGCGUUUAUUCAGAUUGGAAACAGUGGCCAUUUACUGAUGGCAAUAAUUGGUAUUGCGUUUAGUAUAGCCUUCUUUAACUUCGCGGGUAUCAGCGUUACCAAAGAAAUGAGUGCUACGACAAGAAUGAUUUUAGAUAGUAUUCGAACGUUUGUCAUAUGGGGUUUCUCUUUAGCAUUUGGGUGGCAGGCAUUCCAUUACCUACAACUUCUCGGUUUUGCCAUUCUCUUCAUUGGACUGUCUUGCUACAACAAUAUUAUCGUUCCACAACUAGUAAGAAAAUGUAGAUACCGUUUAGGCCGUCACAGAUCACCAUCGAACGAACGGAUUAUUAAUAUAGCUGCAGAUGACGUUCCAGAGAAUCAAUAAAAUCCACGUUUCAUCUCAGAUCAUUCAUUGGAUGUCGAUCGUUUCGUGAUAUAUCGAGAACUAUUAUAGUUUGACUGAAGAACAGUAAAGCCUGUGAUCUUAAUGAUAUACGAGAUUUGUUCGUUUCGCUUCACGAGAUUGAUUAUUGUACUCGAAAAUUUAUAUAAUCAGUAAGAUUAAUCGAAUUAGUAAACGUUUUCACAGAUAUAUAUUAAACGCAAACUUUCGAGUUAAACGUUCGUUUAACUUAAAAGCUUGUUAUGUUA